AGCCUGGGGCUAUAUAAGGGGCAGCUGGGCAGGCUGGGCACACUCGGGCACCCACUCAGCCGCCCACUCAGGCACCCACUCAGCCGUCCACUCCGCCACCGAGACACAGACACAAUGUCCAUCCUGAAGAUCCAUGCCAGGGAGAUCCUGGACUCCAGGGGGAACCCAACUGUGGAGGUUGACCUGUAUACAGCAAAGGGUCUGUUCCGGGCGGCUGUGCCCAGCGGAGCCUCCACAGGGAUAUAUGAGGCUCUGGAACUGAGGGACGGAGACAAAUCCCGCUAUCUGGGCAAAGGUGUCCUGAAGGCUGUGGAUCAUAUCAACAAGACUAUUGUCCCAGCCCUGCUGGAGAAGAAACUCAGUGUUGUGGAACAAGAGAAGAUCGACAAAGUGAUGCUGGAGCUGGAUGGGACGGAGAAUAAGUCCAAGUUUGGAGCUAACGCCAUCCUGGGUGUGUCAUUGGCUGUGUGCAAGGCUGGUGCCGCAGAGAAAGGCAUCCCCCUGUACCAACACAUCGCUGACUUAGCUGGGAACAAAGAGCUCAUCCUGCCAGUGCCAGCCUUCAAUGUCAUCAACGGAGGGUCCCACGCGGGGAACAAGCUGGCCAUGCAGGAGUUCAUGAUCCUACCGGUCGGGGCGGCCACCUUCCACGAGGCCAUGCGCAUUGGCGCCGAGGUCUACCAUAACCUGAAGGCCGUCAUAAAGGCCAAGUACGGCAAAGAUGCCACCAACGUGGGGGAUGAGGGGGGCUUUGCCCCCAAUAUCCUGGAGAACAACGAGGCGCUGGAGCUGCUGAAAGCUGCCAUAGAGAAGGCCGGGUACCCCGAUAAGAUCGUUAUUGGGAUGGAUGUCGCUGCUUCCGAGUUUUACCGCAAGGGAAAGUACGACUUGGACUUUAAAUCUCCAGAUGAUCCAAAUCGUUACAUCAGUGGCGAGAAACUGGGAGACUUGUACAAGAGCUUCAUUAAAUCUUAUCCUGUGGUUUCCAUAGAGGACCCUUUUGACCAGGACGACUGGGACACAUGGAAGAGCUUCCUGAGCAGCGUCGAUAUCCAGAUUGUGGGGGACGAUCUGACUGUCACCAACCCAAAAAGGAUCCAGAAGGGGGUGGAGCAAAAGGCCUGUAACUGCCUGCUCCUAAAGGUCAACCAGAUUGGCUCAGUCACCGAGUCCAUCCAGGCGUGUAAGCUGGCCCAGACCAACGGAUGGGGAGUGAUGGUCAGUCACCGCUCCGGAGAGACUGAAGAUACAUUUAUCGCCGAUCUGGUGGUCGGACUGUGCACUGGGCAGAUCAAAACCGGCGCCCCCUGCAGGUCAGAGAGACUCGCCAAGUACAAUCAGCUGAUGAGGAUUGAGGAGGAGCUGGGGGCCAAGGCCAAAUUCGCUGGGCGGAACUUCAGGAAUCCCCGGGGGAAGUAAACCAAUUAGCGGGAGGUACAACAGCCCCACUGCCCCUCCCCUGUGCCCCCUCCCCGGCGUGAGAAGAACUUCCUGUGGCAGAAUUGCACCGAGGCGCCCCCCCCCGCCCCCAUAGGGGAUAGUGGGGGAUUCGGCCAUUGCUGGGACUGUGCCAGAGAGGGACGUACCAAUCACAAACUAGGGGGGGGGCAAUAUGUUUCAAUGAGAUCAGUCACAAUUCCUAAUAAAAUGUGUAAAUACAAAA